UAGCUCCGUCCAUGGGCGCCGCGGCAAACAGAGUCCGGUGAAAAUGGACAAAGGCCGCGCGAGGCUGCCGCCGAAUUAGCAGGGAAGCCGGAAAAUCCACAUACGGAACGGGGCAGUGCAAAUAUUUGCCAGCCUUCCACGAAAAAUACAAAAAAUAAAAGGAGAACACACACAACAAAAGGGAAGCAUUUGUGCGACAAUAGACAAGGAAUUAGUCACAAAAGAAGAAGCAACCGGGUCCAUUAAGACAGCUAACCAACCCAAGAACCCAUCAGAUCCCAUCCCGGCUAGACGUGGUCCACUUAAAUGACCGAAUCCACACAGCUGCAGACGGCGGAGAACAACAACGCGGGCGUGGUCAAAAUGGAGCCCCCGCCGCCGGCGACCUCCUCCGUUUCCGUAUCCGCCGCCGCAGCCGCCCACGCCCUCUCCUCCCUCUCCUCGCUCUCGAUGGCCGCCACCGGAUCCGCCCUCUCGCCGGCCACGCCCCCGCCCUCCUCCCUAAAUCUCUCACACUCAAGCCAGCAGCACUCGCAGCACCAGCAGCACUACGCCCUCAAGUGGAACGACUUCCAGAGCUCGAUCCUCAGCUCCUUCCGGCAUCUGCGGGACGAGGAGGACUUCGUCGACGUGACGCUGGCCUGCGACGAGCGCUCCUUCACCGCCCACAAGGUCGUCCUGAGCGCCUGCAGCCCCUACUUCCGCCGGCUGCUCAAGGCCAAUCCCUGCGAGCACCCGAUCGUCAUCCUGCGCGACGUGCGUUGCGACGAUGUCGAGAAUCUGCUGAGCUUUAUGUACAAUGGUGAGGUGAAUGUGAGCCACGAACAGUUGCCCGACUUCCUAAAGACAGCUCACCUGCUGCAGAUUCGCGGACUGGCGGAUGUGAAUGGUGGUUAUCCCUACUCCAAGGCAUUGUCCGCUGCCUUGAGUCACAACAACAGCAGCAGCAAUAACAACAACAACAGCAGCAGCAACAGCCUGAGCAACAACAAUAAUAAUAACAACAAUAUAGCCGAGAGCAGUAAUCACAACAAGAUUAGCAGUUACUUGCAGCAGCCCACUCAAACGAGUGCCACGAGCAACAACAGCGGCAACAGCAGCAACAGCCACAGCAGCAGCAGCAACAACAGCAGCAGCAACAACAUCAGCGGAUCCCUGAACAGCAGCCUAAAUUCACCGUUCAGCGCGCCACAGGUACCGCCAUCGGUGACCGCCUCGAGUGCAGCGGCAGCAGCAGCAGCAGCCGCGGCUGCAUCGCUCACCGCCGCAGUUGCAGCAGCGGCAGUGGCAGCAACGUCCAGCAGCAGCAGCAAUGCCGGCGGACAGAGCGGCGGCAACUCGAGCGGAACGCCCGCCAUCCAGGAGCUGAAGGCAUCGUCGGCAGCGUCGCCCGUAAGAAACCCGAAUUCGAAUCCGAAUCCGAAUCCCAAUCCCAGCAAAGCCAGCAGCAGUAAUCACUGGGACAUGGGUGAGAUGGAGGGCAGCCGAAAGAGCCACCUGACGCCGCCGCCCCAGAAACGCAUCAAGAGCGCCGAUCUGUUCCGGGCACAGCACGGCAUUAGUCCGGAGCGAUUGCUGCUCGACCGCGAGUUCCCCGUAGCCGGACAGCAUCCCCUCACGCGGAACAGGAGCGGCCGGGAUACGUCCAAGGAUCGGGAGCGCAACAUGGAGUUGAGGGAAUCGCUACUGGGACAGGCUCUGGAGAACAGCAACGGACAGCAGGCCAAUCAGAAACACGAUCUUGGCCAGAGCGCCGGUGAGGAUUCGACCAGCAGUGAUACGGAGCCCUCGGAUCGAGGCGAUGGACAGCACGAUGGAACCCUCGAUGGCAUCGACAAUCAGCGCUCCCACUCGUUCCCCAAUGCAUUCCUCGGCCUUCAGGGCAUUCCCGGUCUCCUGCCAGGACCCUCCGGCAUUAACAGUGAUUUUGGCACAUUCCUGAAUGCCAAGAGCGGCAUCAAGCAGGAGGUGAUGGAGCCGGAAGCGGAGGAGGAUGCCGCCCAGCUUCAGCAGCAGCUGCCGCACGAGGCCCAUGCCGCCGACCGACGUCCUGCGGCCUGCAAACUGGCCAAACUGAUGCAACAGCAGCAGCAGCAGCGGCAGUUGUUUGACCAGCGGCGCAGCCACCACCAGGCGCACCACCACCACCAGCCGCACCAUCGCCACCAUCACAAUCACCACCAUCGCAUCAAUAACAAUAAUAAUAACAACAACAAUACCAAGAAUAACCGCUCGGCCAACUCAUCGCCUACGCCCUCGGCUCGUUCCUGGAAUGACAGCGAAGAGGAUCAGGACAUGGACUGCAACCACAGCCAGCAGCAGCAGCAGUCGCAACAGCAGCAACAGCAGCAGCAGCACAACAGCAACGAGGACGAGGACGAUCGCUCCUCGUCGGCCUCCUCGGCCAUUUCCCUGACCAUGAAGCGAACGCGCCAGGAUAGCGAGUCCACGCUCUAUCAAACGCUGCUCAUGAAACAGGAGCAACACCAGCAGCAGCACCAGCAGCAGCAGCAGCAACAUCAGCAGCAGCAACACCAGCAGCAGCAGCAAUAUCUGGAUGAACUCCAGCAGUCGCACCAGCAACAACUGACAGCCAAUCUGUUUAUGGCCAGGACCAUUGCGCUUAGCAGGUCUCGGGAUUUCCCAGAACUCUUCCAGAACACAAUUGCCGCGGCGGCGGCGAAUGCAACAGCUGCAUCGGUUAGUCCCGGGAACAAUGGCGGUGGAGCGGUGAAGGUGGCGGGACCAGGACCACCCGGAAAUGCUGCUCCCGUGGGAACAGUGGGAGGAAGUGGCGCUGCUGGAAGUGGAGCCACCGGCAGCGGCAGCAACUACAUGCUACCCUGUCCGCUGUGCGAAACGCCGCUGGAGCAGCGCGUCUUCCGCCAGCAUUUGGAUCGCCACUAUCCGCGCGACAGUCCCGUCUGCCCGGUGAUCGAGUGCGGCCGCCGCUUCGCGCAUCCCAAUUCCGUGCGGAAUCACAUGCGGAUCAAGCACACCCUGCAGUGGGCCAAGAUGAAGGCCAUGCGCUCCUCGGGCGGCCCCUUCGCCGGCGGCCCGGACUUCAAAUGAAACUGCGAGGCCGUG